CGGACUGGCGGCGUUGCUCCGUCCCUGGAGCCGCCCCGCCGCGCCGCCCCUCGCGGCCUCGGCCAGCCGGAGUGAGGGGCUUCCCUUGCCGCCCCUCCGGAGGAGCCCCGUCCCGGGAGGAGCGGCCUGGGGGACACCGCCGCCGCCUCCUGCUGCGCCCCGCCCCCGCUCUGCAACCGGCCCCGGCGGCAUUGCUGGCGUUCCAGGCGGGCCGCCCGGCAUGAGCGGCGGUUUCGGGCCAGCCGGGCGGCCGCGCAGCCUCUUGGCCCGGGCAGAGCGUGUUGUGGCGUCCGAGCCGGAGGCCGCAGCUUUCCGGGGCGGCUGUCAGGGCCUCGGCGGGGGCGUCGCGGGGAGGCACGUGGCGCGGCGCGUCCUUGGCAGCUGCUGGCCCUCCGCUGCUGCCGCAGCUCCACAAAGGUGCACAAAAUCAGCUGACGGACGAAGACUGAGCGCCACCCUUGGCGGCCACAGUAAACCGUGGACCGGUAGCUGCAGCGUCCCAGAGCGGAAAGCGGGAGAGAAGAGGAAGAUGGAGAAUACAGGAGGAAGAGUCUUGGGGGGAAGCGGAGCAGCUUCCCGGGCGGCCCCCAUCGUCUCCCGGUGGUGCAGAAGCUGGUGGAGUCCCCGCGCUCAACUGCAGGAGGAGAAGCUGCAGCUGCAGCAACAGUUACGGCUGCUGCAGGAGAAACUGGCUGUGCGAGAGAGUGGCCCCAGCCCCCAGGCUGCUCAGCUGCAGAACAAGGUACUUCUCUUUCAGAGGAAAAUCCAGAGGACUUUGGUGCCCUUUGCUGGCAUCCCUGACCAGCCCUCCUUUCUCCCCACUCUGCCCCAUAUGCAUCCCCUGUGGCUGGAGAGGACCAGAGGAGUCUGCCUCCCACCCUUCUGCCCCCGUCCUAGCAUCAUCCUACUAUCUCCUGCGCCCUCUUCGCCUUCUCUGUGGCUCAACGUCACUCUUGAGGGUUGUCGAAUGCCAAGGCCCAAAGGCUGUGUUUGUACAAUACGCUUAAUCACCGUGUCCAAAGGCAAAACACCUGCACUUGUGUAAUACGUUGAGCUCGUU